GUCGCUGUCUACCUGUCAUAGUCUAAGUGUUUGUACACGUCGUGCGCCCUGCACAUUAUUAUAAUAAAUCCAAGUAUAAUUAAUCUGUCUACAAUUCAUUAAUCCUCCAACAUAACAUGGUGUCAGAAGUUUAUUAAGAACCAGAACGUCCGUAAGUGCAAGCUAUAAAAUGAACAAAGAAGAAAUAAGCGACGCGAGGUACCAUGUGGCCGGUAUUAAAAACCUCGUGGUGUCGUCGGAGGCAACAGCCAACAACGCGGAGGCAUGGAAGAAAUGGUGGCAGCGUUUGGAGCUAUACAUGCUGGCGUCCGGUCUGGACAAGUCUGAGGAGAAGAGGAAGGUGGCAAUCCUCUUGCACCACAUAGGUCCAAAGGGCAUAGAAAUUUUUAAUACGUUCGAUAUCAAUAUCGACGAGGGUAGGCUGAAAUAAGUUAAAGCCAGAUUCGAUGAUUACUUCGAGCCGAGAAAAAAUCUGACCAUGUGCAGAUACACGUUCUUUACACGUAAGCAGGCUGAACACGAAAACAUCGACGACUUCCUAACCGAUCUCGAAAAUAAAAGUCGAGAAUGUGAUUUCGGAACCCUAAGGGAAUCGAUGAUUCGAGAUAUUUUUAUCGCCAAUCUCCACAUCGACUUCUCACAUAUUCGGCAAAGGUUGCUACAAGAGCCCGACCUAACAUAUCACAGAAUGAGAGAACUGGCGAAAACUCUUAUUGUCGCACAGCAAGAUGCAGAAAAAAUCGUCAAGAAGUCAGGCGUCGUGGACGGUGCAGAGGUCAUGCAUCUAAGUCAAAGGAGCAGCGGUCGACGAGUCUGUCGACAGCGGGCUUCAAGUCAGGCGUCACAUCGGGCCACGCGGAGGUCCCCGAGUCUGAUGCGGCAGCCAACGUCAACGUGUGGUCGCUGUGGGCAGUCUCAUCGAGCGAGGUGCCCAGCGACAGGAGUACAAUGCAGGUCAUGUAACUCUUUUGGUCAUUUUGCUAGAUUCUGUUAUAAAAAUAAAAAUGUAAGUCAGUCGCAUUCGCAACACACAGUUGGAAUAUUAAGUCGUCAAUCUAGCAGAAACCAUCCACACGCACAGUCAUACAGUCAGCCACAAAAACAGUCAUACAGUCAGUCACAGAAACAGCCAGUAGUCGGAUUACACACACACACAAGAAAUAGCCAAAGUCAAGUAAAUCUCCAUGAUGAUAAUGCUAAUUGCUCUGAGAGAUUACACAAACAAAAUAAAAAUAAAAAUAGUCAUAUUGUCGAAAAGUCGCAUAAAAAUGUCAGUACAGUCAUACAGUCUCAUAAAAACACAAAUAACAGGUACACAAAGAAAUCUCAUAAUUGUCAGUCUAAAUACCGUCAUUUAAGAAUAAAAAAUAGUCAAGUUUCAGAAAAUUCAAGUUCGGGUAGUUGGAAAAUAAAUAUACACGUGGGUAAGCAUAAACUAAAUUGCAUUAUAGAUUCAGGUGCAGAUGUCAAUAUCGUAUCUGUCAAAAACUUCAAAAGUCUUAAAUUGUCAAUGUCACACAUUAAUAAUUGUUUGAGGUUACCGGUUACAUUGAUUUUGUUUCCACUGUGUUAUGACUAGUUCAAGUGACUCUUCAAGUUCAAGUAGCUCAUCCAGUGCAGAUAACUCCUCAAAAAACAAUGGAGCUAACCAGCAACCAAGUUCUAUAUUGAUCGUGAGUGAAGAUCGUUGAACCAAGAAACUAAUAAAAGACAGUCUAGAAAACGGCAGAGAAAUCCAAACGAGUGGAAGCAAGCUCUUUCAAAGCGUCUCAAAAACUGUCGCAAGGAGUAUAUUACAAAAAGAGGACAGACUGUUCCAGCUAAAUCUCUAGGUCCACCAUGCGAAAGCUCGUGCCGACUUUCGUGUUCUACCAAAGUUCUACCUGAUAUUUUUAAAUCAUACUGGGCAUUAGGCACCCACCAAAGACAGAGAUUUUCUGGCAUCCUGCGUAAAAAGACACGCCUGCAACCCGAAGACUCAAGAUUAGCACAGCAAAUAACGCCUGUAUUAAGCCAGCUAGAAAACCAAACUCGACAUUCCACUUUGUGAUAAACGGCAACGAUGUCAGGGUUUGUAAGACCUUCUUGCUUAACACAUUGUCUAUUGGCGAAAAAACAUUACGAAAUGUAGCUAAUAAAGUAUCUGAUAAAGAAAUGUAUAUAAUGAGCCCCGCUGAUAAUCGUGGUAAGCACGGUAAACAAAGAAAACUAAGUGAUGAAGUAUUGAAAUCAGUUCAUGAUCAUAUAAAUUCAAUACCAAGGACAGAUAGCCAUUAUUUGAGAGCUAAUACGACCAGAGAAUACAUAGAUGGAAGUUUGACUAUAGCGGAGCUCCAUCGAGACUAUCAAAAAAUUCGGGAAGCAGCUGGAAAGGAAUUUGCAAAUUAUGACGCCUAUUUCAGAAUUUUUAAUUCUGAUUUCAAUAUUGGUUUAUUUGUCCCCCGAAAGGUCAAUGCGAUGAAUGUGAAGCAUACAAGAAUGCUAUAGAUAAGCAACCUCUACAAGAUAAGUAUAAGAAACACCUAGAAGAAAAAAGUUUAAGCCGGAUAGAACUGAAAAAAGACCUAGAACAGUGUAAAAAUGAUUCUAACACUAUAGUAGCCAUUUUCGAUCUGCAGGCAGUUUUACCUUGUUCAUUGGGACAAUCGUCAGCGUUCUAUUACAAAUCAAAACUGAACUGUUAUAACUUCACGGUUAGUAGGGUAUUUUAAUACGAAAUUUCUUCACAAUUGUAAUCUGUAAACAUAACACUACCUCCCAUUAAAGCCGUGGCAAAUAAUUAUAGAGCACCUUAUAUAUUAGAAAGAGAUUAUACCAGAAGAUCACUUAAACUGUCAAACACCAAGCGGUCACCGGUGACCGCAACCUAUUGUUCUAUAAUUGUGUCUACAAAACCGGUACACGACGAGUUAAUUAUCCAUCGGAGGCACUGUGCGAGUUUGUAGAUGAUGUUUGCAUGAUCAUUCAAACACAAUUAAACGAGGCACCGCAGCAGAAACGUCUGAAGGGUACAAUGAAACAAUUAAUUAAUAUAUUUUGUAAUCUAUCCCAGUCCUCUUGUGUGACUCAUAAAAUGAAUGUGCGAAAUUUCCUAAUGGAUAAUGUUUCAAAUAAUAUUAUAAAUAGCUGGUGUACUAAUGUCAACAGAAUACUUAGAGGAAAAACAAAUUUGUGUCAUAAUAAUGCGACAAAAAUACAAGCGUUAAGUUAUUAUAC